UAAUACAAAGGAUAUGGACUAAAACCAGCGACUACAGUAGAGACUGGACAGACUGAGACAUGCUGGCAUACGGAAGCGACACCAGGGCGUGUUAAUACCCGCUAUGUAGGGCCGGAUAACUUAGUUUGCGAAUAUGUAUUGUUAAACACCUGAUAUCACUGCUUAGGAAUAGUUUGAAUGAAUGAGGAAGUCACCGAUUCGCUUCGUGUACUUGAAGCGGCAGUAAUCGCAUCAUGGUAGCCGGUGAGCUGGUUCAAGAGCAUGUGCGAGCGGAUAGCGGCGCAACACCUGACCGCAGUCCAUCCAUGAUCUCCGUCACCCGGAAGAGCCCCGAACCGGAGCCGGGGAGGAACGCACAGGCAGCGGCUUCAGACCAGCAUCAAGCACCGGUCCCUGGAGAGGAGCACGGAGAGACAGAGGCGGAUGAACGCGAGGCGAUGCUGCCGAACGGAGCAGGCUCCAAGUCACCUGACAAAAGUUCAGAAGACCAGGAGGACCCCGGAACUUUAGAGACGAAACUUUACCUGCAAAGAUUUGCUGUUUUGACUGUGUUCAGCCUGUACUCUCUGGUCAACGCUUUUCAAUGGAUCCAAUACAGCAUCAUCACAAAUAUCUUCACUCACUUCUAUGGAGUGGAGAAUUCUAAAAUUGACUGGCUUUCUAUUAUUUAUAUGCUGGCCUAUGUUCCACUAAUCUUUCCUGCUACAUGGCUUUUGGAUCGCAAGGGGCUCAGGCUAACAGCGCUGCUUGGAUCGGGCUUAAACUGCGCAGGAGCAUGGCUAAAGUGUGUUAGCGUUAGCCCGAAUCUGUUCUGGUUGACAUUUACAGCACAAACAAUAUGCUCAGUAGCACAGGUGUUUAUUUUGGGGCUGCCAUCAAGAAUCGCUUCUGUUUGGUUUGGGCCCAGAGAGGUGUCGACGGCCUGUGCUACGGCAGUGUUAGGAAACCAGUUGGGUACAGCCAUAGGUUUCCUGUUGCCUCCAGUCCUGGUCCCAAACACUCCAGAUGACCAGGCACGCACUGCACAAAACAUCCAAAUCAUGUUCUAUGGCACCGCUGCUGUCUCCACGGGGCUGUUUGUGCUCGCACUCAUAGUGAUAAAGGAUCGCCCUCCGAUGCCUCCAAGCCAGGCACAGGCCGUUUUGUCUGAUUCUCUCCCUGAAGACUACUCCUACAGAAAGUCCAUCUACAACCUGUUCAGAAACAAGGCCUUCCUGCUCCUGCUCAUCAGCUAUGGUAUAAUGACAGGUUGUUUCUACUCUGUUUCCACUCUUCUGAACCAGAUGAUUUUGAACUGCUACAAGGGCCAGGAGUUGAACGCUGGUCGUAUUGGUUUGACUCUAGUUGUUGCCGGGAUGGUGGGGUCUAUUCUCUGUGGACUGUGGCUGGAUCACACCAAGACAUACAAGAUGACCACUCUGAUCGUGUACUUCCUCUCCUUCGUCGGGAUGCUGGUUUUUACUUUCACUUUGGAUCUGAACAACAUCUACCUGGUUUUCUUCACAGCAGGAGUCCUUGGAUUCUUCAUGACCGGAUACCUGCCUCUGGGUUUUGAGUUUGGAGUGGAGAUCACAUACCCAGAGUCGGAGGGCACCUCUUCUGGGUUGCUCAAUGCUUUUGCACAGAUUUUUGGGAUCAUCUUCACUCUGAUCCAGGGUACACUCACCACCAACUAUGGGCCAUUGGAAGGAAACCUCUUCCUCUGCAUCUGGAUCUUCCUCGGCAUCAUUCUCACCGCUUUAAUCAAAUCUGAAUUGAAGCGACACAAUGUAAACAUGGGGGUGGAAAAUAAAGAUCAUGAACCGCUUCCAGUGGAGUGUCCAGCAGAAGAGAAGUCCAGUGAUUUGAAGAUUCCUGCAUCAUUUGGUUUUUCCAGAGAAACUUCCAUAUAAAGUAAAACAGCAAUACAGUCACCAAGAGGAUGAUGAAGCAAGACUCAAUCCAGAGAAGAGUUGUACAAAAUCAGAUCCAGAGAGCAAAGUACCUCGCAAAAUAUGAUCUUUGUAGCUCAGUUGCAAUUGAUAGCAACAAAAUCUGUGGAAAACUACACUGGAAUGCAAGCUUUAACCUAAAGAAUGCAAGACUGAGAUGGAUGGAGAUUUAACUAUUUAUUUGGACUAUUUAAUAUUAGUAGAAAUAAAAGUCAACGGUUAUGCUUGAUUGCUGGAGUUGAAAGUUAGAAUGAGUAACUGAGUGAAUGAGGUCAAAGUUCUGGUUAACUGAUUGGACAGAGCCAAUGUUUCCUGAGUUACUUGAAUAUCUUUCUAUGUAUAAUACUGUAAAUACUGUUAUUAUUUAGUAUAUUUUUAAGUGUACUGUAGAAUUUCUAAUUUUAAACAUCAGAAAAUAUUUUUUGUAGCUUUGAAGAAUGCAUUGGACAUAUAUGCGAAGAAGUAUGUGCAUGGAUAAAUGGACCUUUGAGAGACUUGUUGAUGACUUUGCUAUGGAGAGUUGCCACAGAAUUUGAAUAUUGGUUUACCAUUGAUAAACUGUUAAAAAUAGAAGAUACAACUAUAGCAAGCUGUGAACAAUGCAACACUGGGGACAUGACUCAAGUUUGGACUAAUGUUGUGUUGUUUGCAUAGACUGUAUAUAUAUAAAUAGACAUAGCUAAAGUGUUCAUGGGGGCACUUUUGCCUCCUUGGACUCUCAGCCUUGUCAUUUUGGUCUUCAAGUGUUUGUAUUAACCACCUCUACGGUACAUAAAUUCCUAUUCCUAAUACGGAUCUGACUCCAAAUUCGCUCCUGUAACUGCUAGCAUUGUGAGCUUCAUUUGACUGGAGCCGAACGCUGUGGGUGAAGUCACACUCCCUUAGUCCACUUCUUUAUACAGUCCAUGGUUGUAUGCAACAGUUUAUCAAUGAAUGGAUGUCAAGAGAAUCCAACACAGAUCAAGUUUGACAGUGAAUUGGUAGUUUGGCUCUAGAUCAAAUAAAAAAAUGAAAGGGAAUUAAAUUGUUAAUGUAAUAUGUAUAAUACUGGAUGUUUGCAUGUGCUCCUUAUGCUGCCCCAUCAACUUGAAACAUGCACAAUAGACGCAUCUCCAGUAUCUUCUACAAUAUACAGUCUCAAGAUACUAGUUUUGCUUUGUGAACUUGAAGGGUCAAAAUUCAUAGCACAAACCCUUCAGUAUUCAGUUAAAUUCAAGUUUAUUUAUAUAGCACAUUUAAGACAACUUCAGCUGACUAAAGUGAAUAUGAAUAAGGAUGAUGAACUAAGGCGCUAAAAAAACAUUUCAAUUAUAGGGACCAAUUUGCUUCCUACAAACAGCUUCAUAGUUUUUAGUCACUGUGCAGUGUGUUACAAUUGUUUGUGUAAUUACAAUACAACCACUAUAGACCAGACUGAAUGUCAACAUCUUAUUUUGAUGCACAGCUCAAAAGUCACGCACAACUUUUAAAAACUGCCGCUGUUUGUGUCCAGAAAACUGAAGACACAAAGCACAAUCAAAUGAAUAUCACAACACUGUUUUUAGGAUAAUUUGAGUGUUAAAUGUAUUUUCAGUGGAAGAAUUGUUAUGUCCCUCAGAUUUCAUGAAAAGUUGGUAUUGCACGAUUUCUCUGUACAACUAACAGUUUAAGAUAUGUCAAAUACAUUUAUGUAAAAAUGUUA